GAAGGCUCGGAUAUGACAAACAUGGGCCUAUUUAAAUAUUUAAACACCACGACAUGUUAGAGAUAUAUUUCUAGACAUAGGUUUUGACGGCGAAAAUGCCAUUUUCAAAAUUCCAGUUCGUAUUCUCUGCAUGGUUGAUUGCUCUAUUUAUUAAUACAAGAUUUCGGUCAAAGAAUCAUAUUUAAUGGAGGCUAAAUAUUUAAGCUAAAUAAAUAAAUAAAUAAAUAUUUAAAUAAAUAUUUCAUUUUCGUACCUAUUUACAUUAAACUCUUUGCCUCCAGCAAACUUUGGAGAUAAAAUUACAACUCUUAACACCCCUCACCUUACACACCCUACACACUAGCCAUGCCUCCCGUUAUUCGCUCUCUCAGUUCAGAGGUUUUCUCUCUUCUCUCUUUUAGAACCACAAGCACCAAUGGCUCGUUGCGCGCGCUCAUCGUCCCGAUGAGCUACCGCAGCUCCGUCAUCACCAGCGAGAAAUCCACUUUCCAAUCAUCCUUUUACAACAGCAACCCACUUACACUCCCUCGUACAACUGCGCCCAGUUUCCGUGUACAACCAUUCUCUACAACCUCCCACCUCUCCAAGAAAAAGGACAAGGGCAACAAGGCCUCCCGAAACUCAGACGGUGGGUCGGGCAGUGGCGCGGCAGAGGCAGCUGGGUUAGAUGGCGAUGAUCCAUUUGGAUUUUCACAGCUGGAAAAUGACAUAGCCGGGGCCGUACAGAGGUUGAAAGAUGAUAUUUCGAAGCUGAGGGCGGGCGGCAGGUUUAACCCGGAAGCGAUUGAGACAUUGCGCGUGGCUGUGAGCAAGGGGGACGGUAAAGGGAGCAAGGAGACAGUGAAGCUAGGAGAGUUGGCACAGGUUAUUCCCAAGGGAGGGAGAAUGCUGACUAUUUUGGUAGGAGAGGAGGAGUAUAUAAAACCCAUAACCUCCUCCCUUCUCUCCUCCAGCCUAUCCCUAAACCCUCAACCAGACCCACACAACAGCCUACAGCUCAACGUCCCCAUCCCGCCACCAACCAAGGAGUCACGCGAUCAAUCGGUUAAGGAUGCGAAGGCCGCCAUGGAUAAGGCAUCUACUGCCGUGCGUAACGCCCGCGGCGCCAUAAACAAGAAGCUGAAGAACAUGGGCGUCAAGAAACUUGUGAGACCGGACGAUUUGCAUAAGCAGGUAGAGAAGAUGGAGAAGAUUGCAGAGAAAGGGCAAAAGGAGGUUAAAGAUGUUUUUGAGGCGGCGAAAAAGGCCCUGGAGGCCUAGUUUUGUAACUUCUUGUUUAUUUGUACCAGGGGGCGUGAAAACGGUCGAUUGAUCGCAGGGGUAGGUAGAUUGCUGUAUAACGGAGGAAUUCAGGGUGCUGUAGGAUACAUACACGGGUUUUUGCCAUUUUCUUUUUUUUUUUUUUUU